GACAAAUAUUGCUUAACCUUUCUAUUUUUAUGAGUCACACCUUCAUUUCACACUCACCAUUCUCACUCUUAACUAUCUACAUUCUGAUCGAUCAUCCAUGGCAGAACUCAAAGCCCCCGUCAAAAUCAUCGCCGGAGCCGAUGACUUUGGCACUCCUCUCAAAGACGCUCUGAUCUCCCACCUCCGUUCCCUCAACAUCGAAAUCGAAGACCUCGGAACCUCUUCUUACUACUCCGCCGGCGCCGAGGUCGGCCGCCGCGUCUCCCAAUCCACAUCCUCCUCCUCCCUGAACGUCCGCGGAAUUGUCGUAUGUGGAACCGGUGCCGGCGUCUCCAUCUUCGCCAACAAAUUCCCCGGCGUGUUCGCCACCACCUGUCUCACUCCCUCUGAGGCCGUCAACGCCAGAUCCAUCAACAACUCAAACGUGAUUGCUUUCUCUGGUAAGUACACAUCACCAGAAACCGCUAUCGAGAUCGUUAACACAUGGCUGAAAACACCGUUCAAGGCCGCGUGUCCUGCAAACGAUAACAAACCGUGGCCGGAAGAGAUCGAGAACUUUCUCGACAAAUCGCUGAUCGAAAUGCCGGAGAUCGGAAAACGCGAACCGGUUGACACAUGUGCGGUUUGCUGUUUGGUGAAGAACCGGGAACUGAACCCGAUCGAUUUGAUUCCGGGCGGUUCAAUGAAGAUUGUUAGGGAGACUCCGACGUCCGCGUUCGUGAGAUUCAAAGCCGGGAGUGUGGAGCCGGCGCAUCAUCAUACGUUUGGGCACGAUUUGGUGGUGCUGGAAGGGAAGAAGAGUGUUUGGAAUUUGACGAAGGAGGAGAGAUAUGAUCUAACGGUUGGAGAUUAUUUGUUUACUCCUGCUGGUGAUGUGCAUAGAGUGAAGUAUCAUGAGGAUACUGAGUUUUUCAUCAAAUGGGAUGGUCAUUGGGAUAUGUUUUUUGAUGAGGAUCUUGAUACUGCCAAAACUGCAAUUGAUAAGGAAUUAGGCAUAGGUAAGUGAUUUUUUUUUUUUUUUUUGUGGUAAUGGUUUAUCUGUUAAUAUAUUUUGUUUAUGAUACACUAUUAAAUAAGAUUUCUGGUUUAUAUGUGAACCUAAUUUAGAUUGAUGAAUGUUGUGUUUUCUUCUUAAGUUACAUUGUUGCAGUUAUAUUUGAUGUGAGAUUUGGCAAUGUAUGUUUAUAUUGCUUGUUGGAGGUGCAUAGGAUUUUUUUUUAUCAAUGUUGGUGAAGCUUAUAUCAGUUGUAUGUUAUGAUUUUAAACAUGAGCAUGAAAGAAGAAUAAGGACAAUUCUAUCAACAAGAAGCAGCAAUAACUAUAGCAAUCCUACCAACAAUCAAGAUGAAACUACAGGAAAAAAGUAGAAAGAAUUUGGAGGAUACUAACAUUAUGAAUAACAUAGGGUUUUAGAAUAACUUCUAUAAUUGGAUCCAGAAAGAAUGGGAGAAGAAGAGAGUACAAGUUCUCCUGGAAAACAAGAGAAGAGCAAUACCGGAAACAUUAAAAAUAACAUUACGAAGAAGAAGAAGAAUGAUGAAGAAAGCAAAAACAAUGAAGAUAAGAGGCAAACCUGCAAUAGAAAGAUUUCAGGUUUAGAAAAGAAAAUCCUUAGAGAAGACAAAAAAAAAACAUAGAGAUACCUAAUAAAAAUAACGAGGGGACAACAAAGAAUUCUAAAAUCCAAUUGGAGACUUCUUGAGCAAUGAUGUAUAGAGUGCAACACUGACACAAUCCUUGCAGAAAAAGGGAGAUGAAGUCUAGGAGAAAUGAAAAUGGGGGAAACAAUGUCUGAUUGCUCUCAUUGGGUGAAGGGAAACUAUGACCCUUUAAUGGAGAAAUCGAUUACGCUAAAGCUAUUUAAGUAGCUACGGAUUGUUACUUAGAAGUUGAUUUUGAAACGGGCAACAAAACUUUUGCAGAGACAUUUAAAGGAAACGAAAACCCCAUAACAAAUUAGAUUUAAAGGAAAGGAAAACCCCAUAACAAAUUAGAGAAUGAUGUGUAAUGUCGUUCGUAGGAAGAUGAAUAGGUUUAGAAGAAUUAAAUUCUCUUCAACCCAUGUUUUGCAUCUUUCGCGGCGUAUCUUGUUGGCUUAAAGACCUCUAAAAGUCCAUCUAAGUGUUCCUACUUUUGUAGCAAACGCUUAAUGAAAAAAUAGAAAUAUUGAAUCCAAA